AUGGUUACCGUUGACUUUCAAAACUGCUUCAUCUUCACCCUCCUAUGCCUCUUCUCACUCCUCUGUUACUCUCUCUUCUUCAAGAAACCAAAGGAUUGCUUUAAUCUUCCUCCGAGCCCUCCUUCUCUUCCGAUCAUCCGCCAUCUUCACCUUAUCCUCUCUGCUUUAACCCACAAGUCUCUUCAGAAACUCUCCACCAGGUAUGGACCUCUCCUCCAUAUCCGCAUCUUCAGUGUCCCCAUCAUUCUCGUCUCCUCUGCUUCAGUUGCCUAUGAGAUCUUCAAAUCCCACGAUGUGAACAUCUCCUCUCGCGGUGCUGCUGCGAUUGAUGAGUCACUUUUGUUUGGAUCUUAUGGGAUCGUCAACGCUCCCUAUGGAGAUUACUGGAAGUUCAUGAAGAAGCUCAUAGUCACUAAGCUGCUCCGACAACAGGCGCUGGACGACUCACGAGGUGUUCGUGCCGAGGAGCUACAUCGGUUUUACGGGAGCAUUCUUGAUAAAGCAAGGAAGAAUGAGACGGUUGAGAUUGCUAAGGAAGCGAUGAUGCUCAUGAACAACAUCUUGUGUAGGAUGGUCAUGGGAAGGUGUCUUUCAGAGGUAAACGGUGAGGCAGAGAGAGUCAGGGGCUUGGUUGGUGAAUCAUAUGGCUUAACGAAGAAGGUUUUCUUGGCAGCUAUACUACGCAGACCGCUUGAGAAGCUUCGGAUCCCACUAUUCAAGACAGAUAUAAUGGAUGUUUCUAACAGAUUCAACGAGCUGCUAGAGAGGCUUCUUGUGGAACACAAAGAGAAACUGGAAGAGGAGCAUCACAGCAUGGAUAUGAUGGACGUGUUGUUGGAAGCUUAUGGAAACGAAAGCUCAGAGUAUAAAAUCACUAGGAAUCAAAUCAAGUCAUUUUUUGUGGAGUUUUUCGUUGGAGGCACUGAUACAUCGGUGCAAACAACACAAUGGACAAUGGCUGAGAUCAUUAACAACCCUAACGUUCUUGAGAGAAUGAGAGAAGAGAUUGAUUAUGUUGUGGGGAAAUCAAGGUUGAUUCAAGAAACAGAUAUAACAAACCUUCCUUAUUUGCAAGCAGUGGUUAAGGAAGGACUAAGAUUGCACCCGCCAGCGCCUUUUGUGACGAGGACGUUCCAAGAAAGGUGUGAGGUCAAAGGGUUCGACAUUCCGGAGAAGACAACACUCGUUGUUAAUGCAUAUGCUGUGAUGAGAGAUCCUUAUUCUUGGGAAGAUCCUAAUGAGUUUAAGCCAGAGAGGUUUUUAGGUUCUUCAAGAUCAGGGGAAGAAGAAGAUGAGAAAGAGCAAGCACUAAAGUACGUUCCUUUUGGUAGUGGAAGGAGAGGAUGUCCUGGAGUGAAUCUAGCUUAUAUAUUUGUAGGAACGGCGAUAGGAGUGAUGGUGCAGUGCUUUGACUGGAGAAUCAAAGGAGACAAGGUCAACAUGGAAGAGACUUUUAGAGGAAUGAGCCUAACAAUGGUGCAUCCGCUUAAAUGCAUUCCAGUUCCUUGA